CCUGGUAGGAGUCCUGAGUCACAUUAAUGCCUAAUCCGCCCUCAGGGAUCAAAACUGGAGCUGGAGGGGUGUAGGUAGAGGGCGACUCGCUAAUGUGGCUGGACGUCAGACCGAUGAGCAGUGUGAGCAUGUAGAUCAUCAUCUUUCUGAGUGGUGUGGGUGGGAACAUCAGGUGUGGUGACACUGGAAGAUGAGCCAUAAACUAAGACCAGAGCAGGAACUCACCUUUAAGUCAGAGCUUGUGGAUCUUGAUCAGCAGAAGUAGAAGUUCGUGAAUGUUCCAGAUGUCCAGAGACACCUCCAGUGUUACUUAUAGUUAUAAUUCCAUCAGCACUCCCUUUUUUCCCUACCGUUGUGUUUUCUGCACAUUUCAAACCUUAAGCCUUCUUGGGCCCUGAGCUAUGUACCUGUACGUCAUAUAUCUAACAGUGUAGUUUAUAGAAGAUUGUGGGCGGAGUCGACAGAUACAGAUUGAAGCACCUCCUCCUCCGUCAAAACCUUGCGUGCCGCAGCAGGCGCGACACCUCGACGGGCCCGUGAGCGGGUGCAAAGGUUAGGAAGACCGCACCGCCGAGUGUUCAUCCUCAGAAUACUAUUCGAGCGCUGUCCUGUUCCAUUUGGGAUUUAACAGUUUUUUUCUAGCAGCCGCGCCCCGAUGGCGCCUGCCAACAGCACGGCGACGCACCCGCUGAAAAACGAAAGCAUCGUGGACAGCACGGCCGCCACCACCAUGGGCGCGCUCAUCCUCAGCAUUGUCUUCCUUUUGGGUUUCCCCGGCAACCUCUUCAUCAUCUGGAGCAUCCUGGCCCGCGCCCGAAAGCAGAGCAUCACCACACUCCUCAUCCUCAACCUCGCCAUCGCCGACGGGUCCCUCAUGGCUCUCACGCCGUUCUUCGUAGCCUACCUGGUGAUGAAGCGCUGGGCGUUCGGGACGGUCAUGUGCAAGGUACUUUUCUACCUGUGCCUGGCCAACAUGUACGCCUCCAUUUACCUCAUCGCCGUCAUGAGCCUCUACCGACUAAUGGCCGUGUUGCGGCCCCAGCGCGUCGCCGCCCUGCUGGGUCGCAAGACUGUGACGUGGACCUUGGCGGGCGUGUGGGCGCUGGUGGCGGUCGCCUCCGUGCCCGCCAUCAUUUUCCGAGACGUGAAGACCAGCAACGAGCGCGACAUCUGUGAUUCAUUCCACGAGAGGGACGCUCACACUGUCAUCCAAUACACAUUGGAGCUGGUUUUGGGCUUCCUGAUACCGUACAGCAUCGUGGUCGUCAGUUACAUCUGCAUCCUUCUCCGCAUCCGCCGGACCAAAUUCCGCCGACGCAUCCGCAGCGAGAAACUCAUUCUGGCCAUUGUGGUGACCUUCUGCGUCUUUUGGCUACCCUACCACAUCGUCAACAUUGUGCAUGUCACAUGGGCACUCUGUCCCGAGGGUUCUGCGAAAACAACGCUGGCCAAAAUCUGGCACCGAGGCCGUGCCGUCACAUCCUCGGUGGCCUUCAUCAGCAGUUGCGCCAACCCGGUGCUGUACUUCUUCGCCGGAAAAUCCUACAUCCGCCGCGAAGGAUUUGCCUUCAUGGCCCGGCUUUUCGAGGCGGUCGGUCUGGACUCGGCUACUAGGAAGAGUCGUCAGAACAGCCAGAACAGCCGCGACAAGGACAAAGAAGCGGAAGGCGUUAUGCUGAAGGAAAAAGUUGUGGAGUCCAACUCGAGCUCUGCUCUUAAAGCGCUGAAGCUACAGACGUGACGCCGUCCGAGGCUG